AUGGGGGACUACCAAUCACACUUGCCUUCCUGGACUACCAUUUUGAACCCUCCUAUCAGUCAUGAUUACUGUGCACAUGACCUGAUCGGUGCGCAGUGCCGUGCCCAUCCCGACGCGCCAGCCAUCAGCUCCUGGGAUGGCGAGAUGACGUACGGGGAGUUAAAUGCCCUCUCGACACGCUUGGCGAACUACCUGAUUGCGUAUGGGGUACAGGCCGAGGUCCUGGUCCCGAUACUCUUUGCCAAGUCCCAAUGGAUGAUUGUGGCUCUCUUGGGUGUGCUCAAGGCGGGCGGAGGCGUGAUUCUCCUGGCGGCCUCCACCCCGGAGCACAGGCUGCGGCAGGUGCUAGACCAAGCCCAGUCGCCGAUUGUCCUGGCUUCUGCUCCCUGCGUGGCAGUCUCUGGCCAUCUCCUCCGUGGCGCUCACGUUGUGGUGGUUGACCAUGACUUUUUGGCCCAGUGCUCUUCGUCCUCCGGUAGCGGCGAGGGAGCCCCGGAGGUAUCAGUAUCACCAUUGGGCUCAGGCUCAACGGCGAGAUGUGGCCCCCAUAACGUUGCCUACGUCGCCUUCACCUCAGGAUCAACAGGCGCCCCCAAGGGAGCAGUGGUGGAGCAUCGGAGCCUCUGCACCAGUGCGCUAGAAUUCAUCAAAACGGUGCAACUCGACCCCCGCGUGCGGAUGUUUCAGUUCAGUGCCUAUUCCUUCGACAUCGCCGUCCUGGAGAUUGUCUUCACCUUGCUCUGUGGCGGGUGCAUUUGCGUCCCUUCAGAGGACGAGCGGAUGAAUGCGCCUGUGGCGAGCAUGGUCCGGAUGCGCGUGACCCACGCCUUUUUCACACAGUCCCUCUUGCCUUCGCUCGAUCUACAUCAGGUUCCCACACUGCGCGUGGUCCUGACUGGUGGGGAAACUCCCAAAGAGCACACUGUCCGGCAACUGGCUCAGUCCUUCGAAGUGUACGGAGUGUACGGGCCCUGCGAAUGCGCUGUGGUUGCCGCCGUCGUGCGCGGCGCGCACUCCGAAACGGAUUUGGGCGCCCCGUCGGGCUGCCGGCUGUGGAUCGUCGAUCGAGACAACCCCAACCGGCUGUGCGGUAGCGGUGAGACGGGCGAGCUCGUCAUUGAGGGCAGCAUCGUGGGCCGCGGAUACCUGGCCGACCGGGCGCGCUCGCGGGAGUUCUUCAUCGCGCCCCCGGCGUGGAUGCGUGCCCUGAACGUCGAUCCGGUCGGUCGGCUGUACCGCACGGGCGACAUGGCCCGAUAUGACGAGCAGGGGAAGCUGUGGUUUCGAGGCCGCCAGGAUAGUCAGGUCAAGGUCAACGGGCAGCGGCUUGAAUUAGGGGAAGUCGAGGCUCGGCUGCAGGCGGAACUGCAGUGUUUGCGAGAGGAUGUUUUCUGUGUCCUCGCUAUGUUAAUCGCUGGGCAUACCGGCGGCGGAGGGUCCGGGGAGAAGCGUGGCCCUGUCCUGAUGGCGGUCAUCGGGGUUCAUGACGAGCCUUCUCUCGGAUAUCUAGACUGGGACCGGGGCUCACGGCCGGCGGUGUUGCAGACCUCACCCACCGAGCAGAGACGGUUUGACGCCAUGGUGGUCGCCAUGCGUUCCCGAUUGCGCGCUUCACUUCCAGCGUAUGCCAUUCCGUCCUUGUACAUCCCCAUACGCAGCGUGCCAGUCACUGUCAAUGGCAAGACGGAUCGCGAGCGACUGCUAGCCAUCCUCGCACAACUUCCCGCCAGCGAGGCGAGACGUUUCACGGGCCCCUCUUCAACCGAUGCCCGAGCCCUAACUUUGACCGGUCCUGAGCAACAGCUCCGCGACGCAUGGGCUGCCGUUCUUAGAACCGUGGAAAUUGGACCGAAGGAUAAUUUCUUCAGUCUAGGCGGCAGCUCGAUCCUCGCCAUGGAGCUGGUCUCCGAGGCUGGCAAGCGAGGACUCCAUCUGACGGUGAACCAGGUCCUCCUGCACCCUCUCUUAGCAGAUAUGGCAGCCGCAGCGGUCUCUGAUUCUUUUGCCGAGCCCCAGACCAGUGUGGCGCACGACUUGCCUGCCCUCUCUCUUCUCCUGGAUUCUGAGCGGGAGGUUUUGCUCCACAAGGCCAGCAAUGACUGUCAGGUGCCUGUCGCUGAAGUGGAGGAUAUCUAUCCCGCCACCGCACAGCAGAUCUUUUCCAUCCACGCCGGAAUCACUUCGCGGUCCUUCCAAAUGCAGGCCGUGUACGCGCUCCCCGCCAUGCUGGACGAGGAGCGCUUCGCCCGCGCGUGGGAUCGGCUGGCCCAAACUCAUGAGAUCCUGCGGACUCACAUGAUUCGCCAUCCCUCGGGGUCGGGCUAUGUCCAGGUGGUUGUGAAGACCGGAGCUGGCCUCGCUUGGCGCCGGGGGACAUCCCUCCAACAUUACCUGGAGGAAGAGCACGAACACAUCGUCGGAACAGGCGACCCGCUCUUCCGACUAGGGAUCGUGAAGGAUGGGCAAACUCAGGGCAAAUACCUGGUAAUGACGGUGAAUCAUGCGGGCUACGACGCCUGGUCGCUGUCGCAGCUGUUCCUGGCGCUGCGACAAGCGUAUGUAUCUGACGGGUGCCCCCCUCCUUCACCCCCAGGGCUCAAGUACAAGACCUUCAUUCGGCAGAUCGUGGCAAUGGAUCGCGACGCCGCCACCCGAUUUUGGACGCACCAUCUGAAGGGGGUGGAUACGCGACCUUUUCCCCCUGUCGCUAUGGACAAAAGUCAGCCCGUGAAUUGUGACACCCUUCUUACACGGCUGGUCCGACUCGAUGGCCAGUCCCCCGGGCCAAUGGCGUUAUCCACCUUGGUCAACGCCGCCUGGGCCGUUACCUUCGCGGAGAUUCUGCACUGCCCCGACAUCAUCCUGGGCGUCUUCGGCCACGGGCGCUGCGCCGAUCUGCCCGGGGUCGGGGAUCUGAUCGCACCCACCAUGACCGCAUACCCGCUGCGCAUCCGUGUCCUCCCGGGGCAGACCGUUGGGACCCUGUGCCGUCAAAUCCAAGCCGAUACGGCCGCGAUCACCGCAUAUGAGCAGUUCCACUUCCGCAACAUCGCCCGGAUCAGCCCAGAGAUCAUGGAUCUCUGCAUGAGCGCCGUGCGAUUGAACCUCUUGCCCAAGCUGGAGGUUGCGGCUCCAUCGUCGACGGCGGGGACGACAGCCCAGAGCGCACUACCCCUACCCUUACUCUGGGGCCAGCUAGCCGUGAAUUUGCCAUUCCGGCUGAGCUGCACGCUAGGUCCGCCGGGCGUGCAGAUCGAAGCGAUCUUCGACCCGGCCGUCGUUGCGAUCCCCACUGUCGAGGAGGUCCUCCGGAAAUUCGAGUGCGCGUUGCUACAAUUGCACCUCGCGCCGAUGGCGGCGGCGGGCGAGAGCCCGCGCGUCGACGAGAUCUGCUUGGAUGGCUGGGCCUCGUUGCCUGCGUCCGCGCUCACCGAGUCCAUUACCGCCGCGUCGGAGGAGGCUAAGAGGCAGAUGUUGGAAACCAAACCGCAGGAUUUGGACCUUCACCCUGACGAGUCGCGACUUUUUAUGGUCCCGCGGUGGUGA